CAAAAACAAAAAAAAAAUACAAAAAAGAAACAAACACCAAACAAUCUUUUCUUGUUCAAUCCAAAACCUCAGCUGCUUCAAAUUCGCACAGCAUGAAGUGUCAAUUGAUAUUAGUGGCCGCCGUUUGCCUAGUUGGCGUCUGGUCUCUCCCUGUGCCCGAUGAGGAGGUCGCCAUACAGCCAGAUGCCGGCUCGAAAGCUGAACUGCUAAGCAAGACGGUCCAAACCAGUCCCAUUGAGCCCGCCCCAAUCAAGUCCAUCGAGCCACAGUCGAAAGUGGAGCCCAAGUCGGCCCCAGCACCAGCACCUGAGGCUGCUCCAGCUCCAGCUGCUCCCGCUGCCGCUGAGCCCGAAUUGAAAUCAAGUGCUCCCGAUGUUGAGACCGCUCCAGCCAUCCCCGAAAAGAAGUUGAUCCCCGAAGAGACAAAGCCCGCUGAGAAGAAAUUGCCCGCCGUUGUUGCUGCUGCUGCUGCUCCCGCUCCAGCUCCUGCUGCUGCCGCCAUUCCCGCUGCUCUGCCAACUCCAGUUGCCACUCCAGGUGUUGAGGAAGCCAAGUCCUUGCCAACCGAGGCCGAAAAAGAUGACGAUAAACCAGUGGAGGCACCAAAAGCCAUUCCCCUCGUAGAAGCUGCCGCUGCUCCUGCUGCCAAUUCGGAGGUACAAAAGCAAUCGGUCGAAGAAGCCAAGCCUCUGGAACCCAAAAUCGAGGCCAAAUCGACGGAAACCCUAACACCAGUUGUUCCCCUUGAAGUUGCCGCCGCCGCCGCCGAGCCAGAGAAGGAGAAGGAACAGCAGCCUGCCCGUCAGGAACGCAUCAAUGAGAUUGAACAGCAGCAACAGCAAUUGGAAAAGGAGAAGGAACAAAAGAAGCCUGAAUUGUCUCCAGCUGCCGUUGUGACCGACGCCCCUGCCCCCGCACCUGCUGCCCCUGCUGCUACUCCAAUUGAUGCCAAGCCCACCGAGAGCAACAUUCAAGUGAUUGCCCCCUCUGCUCCAGAGAAUGCCGAAAAGAAGUUGACACCAGCUGCUGCUCCCGCUGCCCUGGCCGCUCAGGCCAAGUCUGUUGAGAAGGGAAACCAGCCCAUCCAGCCAGUGGAACAGCAAAAGAACACAGAAACAGCUCCCGAAUCCUUGCCAGUCCUAAAGGCCAUCGAGAAGCAGCCCGCCAGUGAGGAAAAGGAAUUAGAAGAGAAGCCCAAGCCAGAGAUUAAGUUGGCCGAAGAGAAGAAGCCAGCCGAAAUUGCCGCUGCUGAGCCCAAGAAAAUCGAUGAGCCCAUCACCGCCUCCUCUCCCAUAGCCGAACCCAAGCCCGCUGAGGCCGCCCUCGCCCUGGAGGAGCCCAAGAAGAAGUCAUCGGAAGAGAAGUCAUCGCUUGACAAAUCUGAAUCCUCCAAGGCUGAAGAUUCCUCAUCUGGUGAAUCCAAGGAGUCUGAUGAAAGCAGCGAGUCCAAGGAGAAUGCCUCUAACUAGAUGAAAAAAUAACACUCCAAGCCCCUCCCUUUACCAAACGCCUUUUCUCCCUCCCUCCCCCAUAAUAGUUAGUGGUAUUUCUUAGUUAUAAAUCGAAGACGACGCAUUCGCAUCCCCCCUCACACACUCUCUCUCUCUCUCCCUUUCACUGUGUACCCGGCCCGCCCAACUUUUCACUUAAUCCAGAGCAAGCAAAACAUAUAUAAAUAUAUCCAAUCAAAUCCGUAGAAAUAGCAGCAACAAAAACAAAACAAACAAAAAACAAAAACAAACAACAACCAGGACAGGAGACAAACCGCUAAGAUGGCAUGCAAAAC